AUGUUUCUCACUUAUGGUUGUUUGUAUGGCUUGGGAUCUUCAUUACUGUUUUCAUCUUACUUUCUCAUAACAGCUAAGAACUUUCGAAGGUGGCAGUCAUUCGCAGUGGGGAUCGUUUCGGUCGGGGGCAGCAUCGGAGUCUUAAUCAUUGGCCCUUCAUUACAGCUCCUGAUUGACGAAUAUGGUUGGAGAGGAGCAUACAGGAUCGUUAGUGCACCCUUCAUUGUAAUGGUGUUUAUUUGUGGAGCUACAUUUGGUGAUCCUAUCAGUUCAGAUUCAUUUAAAACUUCCUCACAGAACUGCACGUUUAACGCAGGUGAGUUGGCCGAGUGUGCCAUGGAAGUGGGAAGAAUAAAUAUGAACUUCACGGAAGAUUCUGAAAAUUCAGCAGUUUAUAGAAGCCGAACAAGCAAGAUUAAUGAACAAGAAAAUAGAGAUGGAAUUGAAUCAAUGUCGGCGGUCGCGUACCAGAAGGCUAGACAAAUGCUAUUUACAGCCAAAUCACGGCAGGUGGUGGCCAAAGAUGACACCAAUACGGACAAGUCUUCAGGAAAACUAUCCAAAUUUUUAGACUUUUCCGUAUUUGCAGUUCCCUCUUACACUGUGGCGACAUUGAGCCUUCUUUUGAUGAAUUUUAGCCAUUUCACACCUCAGAUACAUCUGGUAAGUCACUGUUAGUAAUUGUAAUCCUAAAUGCAAAAAAAGAAAACAAAAACUAGUAAACACUUCACUUCUGCUAUAUUAAGAGGUGCACGAUAACGCCUUGGAGAAUUUCUCUAACCAAAACGAAAAAAACCAUAUCAUGGAGCAUUUUUUCUGGCUCUGAAUGAUUACUAUUGGAUCAAUGCAGUCAUCCUCAGAAAUUCACCUUUUGGGCUUUAGAUUUCACGUGUAAUGUCACGUGACUUUUGAUGUAAACAAACGCCGAAAGUUCGGACAUUGAGUCGAGCUCGAAACACAUAUGUCCAAACUUCGGCUUUGGAAAUUUUUCUUAAAUAACUUCGCUCGUUAAAGAAGUGUUCUUCGCUCAAAGUUGGCGUCUUUCUAUUAUCAUUUUCUGAUCGUUUAUCAAUUAAGUUGUCAUUUCGCUGCCGUUGAAACAGAUGCGAAGAAUGUUACAGGAAGAAUUGCGGCAUGGAAUAAUCGAACUAGUUCUGCGUACAGUGAUGUAUCUGAUCAGGUAUUUUCGGGGUGUUGUGUGCGUAGAUUGUUAAAUAAAAUCACUUCUGUCUGAAAAUUAGUGCCCACGAAUCGCUGUAGAACGUGAGGAAGCCUUAAUUCCCACACGAAAUUACGUAUCUGGGUGUGGAUUUCCUUAGCUGAUAAAUAUACCGAUUUUUUUUAACCUUAAGUAACUCAAGUGGGAAACUCUGCGAAACUCAGAACAACUUUCAAGAACAGUUAAACUUAAGAAUGGCAGAUCACAAAGUAAAGCUGACUCAACGCAAUGAGUGUGGCAUAGCUUAAAAAAUAUCUACAAGAAAGGGGGAUUUCAGAGAGCGGAUACUUGGAACCUCGUUAGUGGAAAUCACCUCCGCAGUCGAAAAAAUGGUUCUGUCAGUGGAUCCAAAUUUCGAAAAGGCGACGCCACUGCUUUAGACGAAUUAAUAAUUCAUAAUAUGCUAGUACCCAAUCCAUUUUUUCUGAAGACUGUAGACAAUUUUAACGCGUCGCCGCCGUUUGGAUUGUACGACAUUUUUAAUAAUUUGAUUUGGUCUCCUGAACUCAUCAUUAGCUCUACGCUCAGAUUUAAAAGGGUUUUGACUACUGCGUAUUCCUCUUUCGAUUUAUCAGCUUUGACGAUCAAGUGUCAGAAGGGUUUUUGCCAUUGAUCGUUCAAGGCAAACUUUCCUGCGCCUCUCUUUGUCUGCUUCUCGCUCUCAAGAUGCCUUCCGUUUACGAUUGAGUCGCGACAUCUAGGCAUGGUAUAAAUAUUUAUCCCAAAGACAAAACAACGAUUUAAAGAAUGACUGAAUUAACACUACACGUGAAAUCUAAAGCCCAAAAUGUAAAUUGCCAAGAUAUUUGACUCUGAAAAAAACAACAACAACAACGCUUUUUAUUAUCAUCGGGUUAUUUCAUUUGUGCUAAUAUGUUUUCAGGGGUUUUUAAGCAAAGGCAUUCAAAUCUCAACAUUAUCGUUAUUAGCAUGUCAGGAUAAUGUCGAGCAAAAAAAUUCAGUUAGGUGAGGGGAGGAGUAGGAGUAUUUUGGGGAAUCGAAUGUUUUCCAGGGGUAAUGGGGGAGGGAGGAGGUCAGUCGUCACAAUUAGAUCGUAAAGGGGGGAUAAAAUUGGCUGCCAAUGAUCUGCCAAUGAUCUGCCAAUGAUCUGCCAAUGAUCUGCCAAUGAUCUGCCAAUGAUCUGAAUGAUCUGCCAAUGAUCUGCCAAUGAUCUGCCAAUGAGGGAGAAUUAUAAGAAUAUUACAGAGCUUUAUAGCAGUAAAUAAUGACCGGUCGCUAAGCUAUCUUUCGUCCUAAUUCGUAGGUGAAAUAUUGCCUCGAUCUUGGUAUUUCUGCUGACUCGGCAUCCAGACUUUUUAUACUUUUUGGUUUAUCAUCCAGCAUAGCUCGUAUUGCAACAGGAAGGAUUUGUGACGUCACUUGGGUGAAUACUAUUUAUAUUUACCAAUUUGGAGUUAUAGUAGACGGAUUUGCCAUCGUUGUGCUUCCAGUAAUAAGAAAAUACACAGCAUUUCAAGUCUUUUCCGUGGUUUAUGGUCUUGCUGAUGGCAUCUUUAUUACAACAAUGAACUCACUUCUGAUGUUCAGUGUGGACGAGGAGCGCAGAGCGGCUGGGUUAGGCCUGGGAAAUACUCUUCUGUCACUUGGAAUAGUGGCCGGAUCACCAUUUGCUGGUGAGUAAGCCCGAUCAAUUAUCUGGUGUAUGGAGAGCACAGUUUUUUUUUAACACCAACUAUUUAUGACGACAAGACUUUGUGAAAUAAUGUAGCACUGAAAAGCAAGCAAGCCUUUGUCAGUUUCUCCUGUUCUUUAAGCGCGGCAUUUUUAUAGACGGCAGUGAGCGUGAGAAAUCAAGUCUUGUUUUCAGUUCAGGAUAUUUAUCAAAUUCGAUAACCCAGACCAAAACAAAACAAUAACCAAUCGCUGGUCAGAUUCACGUUCACGUGAUAUGUUACUGAAGCAACAAUAACAUAUUCAUUAUGGCGUCCGAAGGCCGAACCACACUGAGUUUACUAAAGUAAUUGUUUCGACUGGAACUUGUGAUCGCAGCUUAAAUUGUACAAAUGGAAAGGUAAAAAAUUUCGUAUCUUUUUCAAAUCUGUAAAAUACAAUGGCUUCUUCUUCUGUUUUCUCAGUCUCAAUAAUUUCCAUCAGUAUUAUUUUACUUUUUUUGCGGACGGCGCAGCCCUUUCAGCGCUCGUCUCGGUACCUCAAUAUAAUCAUUUGUACAUACGGCGAGUAAUAAUGAAUAAAAAGCAACGUAAUAAUGAAUAAACAGCAAACAUUUCGAAUUAGGUACGAAAAUCUUCGAUUACCGAAGUUGUCGCCAUAUUGUGACGUUACGUGCAUGGUUAUCAACCCCAACUGGUUUUGCAAGGUGUUUAGCUGCCAUUUCUGGCCCCAUCAAAAGCCGUUCUCUGAAUCGUCCUCAAGCUCUCCGGCAGUUUCGGUGGUUGUUACACUUUGAAAUAGCAUGUUUGGAAAUCCAAAACGCUCACGAGCGCCACUGACCAGUAACUAGAACUGGGAUGCGAUUCUAACCGAACGAAAAGUGCUAUUCGUUUUGUCAUGAGCGUAGGAGAAAGGAGCCAUAUAUGAAGUAUGUAUAUGUGACACGUGUCCUGCAUAAUGCAGGGAUCAGCAGAAGCGUUUUGUGUAUAAUUGGAAUAAGAACGAUGGUAAAUUAUCAGCUUGCUCUCUGAAUAAAGAAAGAAGAAAUACAUCAAAAAGCAACCCAUUUAAUUAUACAAAUUCGUCAAUGCCACUCCCUUCUUAUCGCUAACACAUAUUUCUGACGGAGUGUGAAUAGUUCUGAUAUUAUUCUAUUCCAGGGUUCCUGGCUGAUAUCUCUGACUGCUAUACUUGGGCUUUUCUGGUGGCUGGUAUUGUGACACAAGUAGCUGGUCUGAUGCCACUGGUUCUGUUCUGCCUCAAAACGAAGAAACAAUUUGACUUGAAAAAGAAAAAAGGACAGGGUCCUGUGACUUUGUAUAGGGAUGGCGGAAAUUGCUAGUUAGUAAGGCUUCAAGAAACUAUUUUUAGAAACUAAAAUUUGCAAUUUUGUGUACCAGGUGUGUUAGAUAUACAAGAAAGUAAAUCCCGGGCUGAAAGAAUUUAUAUAUACGGGAUAUUUGUAUUAGAUGGGUGCGACGUCAGCUCCUUAUAGCGACGCGAUGCAUUGUCGCAUGAAGUUGCCUUGACACCAAAAGAUACUCCAAGUUGCUCUAAGCGACUUCUCUCGCCGAAGGUAACCCGUCGACCUUUUAGCCGAACAGGAGAAGCAUGAGCGAAGCGACAACCGAAGGACUUUUUUGGUUCCCUCUCAAUCUUUAUUUCGUGUAACCCCCACUUCACCCACUUGGGUAAAAGGAGACGGAAAAGAACGCCAAACAGGUUACACGUAAGAAUGCGCGUAUGAAUAACUUUUUUAAUAAAUAAUCCUUAAAGUCUGAUGAAUGAUAAAGAAAUAUUGCCUUAAUUGGUGCCUCCAAAAUGGAUCCCACAAACAUCACAAACCUCCAAACAUCACUAGAAGUCCCUAAUAAUUGAUGAUUACAAAUAUCUUGUAAUAGUCAGAGGAAUAAAAGUGAGAAAAAUUGUGCGAUCGUUGAGCUAAGGAAAUUUUCAUAAGGAACUCUGAGCGGUUCGCAUCAAACCUAAGUACCUCUUAGAAAACGUUAUUCUAGAAUGCGUGACUUCGCGAUCGUGUGAUAUUGAAUGGCUUGUGCCUAUGAUUAUCCUUCAUUCUUCUCGUCACCUCACCCCUGAAAUUUGAUUUGUUUAAUCAAAUUUAGCCUCACGGAUCCCUGGCGUUUUCUCGAGCUUCGAUCUCCCCUAGGGAGGAGCGCGGGCUCAUUUCCCAAACAAUAGCUACUGAUCGAUUAUCGAGUUUACUACAAUGCCAGCGAGAGUACGUGAGAACAUUUGUUAAUGAGUAGCUUAUACCAAGGAUUAGUCGUUAUUAUGUCUCGACACUCAAUUAUCGGAAAUAUCUGUAUAUUUUUUUACUACACAAAAAAUAGCACGUGAGUCAGCUAGCAUAACCAACUCAAACCUGUCCUGUUCUAAUGUGAAUUCCUUGUUAUUCACGAGACCAGACUACGUGAUGACUAAAAUAGACAAAAUUUUGCAGCACCGACCAGAUAGUUUAUUUUCGUGGAUCGUUAGCGUAUGUUCUUGUGUUUGCCAAGCGCUUAAUCUUGGUUUUGCGCUCAGCUUUGGAGUGCUUCUCCCAGAGCUAAUGAAGGAGUUUGGGGAAAGUCGACAGAAAACUGGUGAGUUUCUCAGUCGCUGUCUCAAUUGAUAUCAAGCAUUUCACAAGCUCGUGUACUCAAAUAUACGUAUUUAGGUCGACAUCUGGUCGACACGAUAACGUAAUUUUCAGAAUAUCAAGCCCCGUUUGCAAUGAAUUUUCAUGAAUCUUUGCCACUUUCCUUUUGUUUUUAUAUGGAUAUCCUUUUCAUUUCAAUUUUUUUUCUUUUUGAGGUGGCUUGUUGUCGAAAUUUUUGCCUUCAUCAGGGUUUUCUUUAAGGUUUUAGGUAGCCGGAGCUUUUCUAAAGGUAAACGGUUGUGGGUCUCGAAAUCCAUUAUGGCGGACAAAACGUCAUAUCGUUCGUACUUUCCUGCCACUGCAGCAAGAUUUGUCAAAAAGACAGUCCCCAUCAGAAAGUUUUUAAACUAACCUUGAGUCAGAAGUCUUUUUAUGUUUUAAGAAAAGAUAGGGAGUGCAAAUUCAUAUUUUUAUUGAGCCCAAGUUUAGACCUGAUAAACAUCAUCUCUGUACGGGCUCUCGAAGCAAUGAAAGUAGCCGGCGAAACCUUGCAGAGAAGCCGGCGUAUUUCGCCGGCUGCCGGCUCUUAUCUACAACCGUGCUUCAUGCCUUCUUGCUGAAAUAUUUCAACUUUAGCCUGCAGAACAGACCGAUUAGCGGGGCCGAAGCGCGGUACACGAGCGCGCGCGCGAGGCAAAGAAUAUUGCCCUUCUCUCCUCGCGCGCGACUCGCACUACGCGCCGCUUGGCGCUUCCCAACAUUCGACUGAAAAACGCAAAAAAAUCAAGCCUGUUCUGCAGGCUAUGUCAGUACAGAGCUCCUGCAAAUAGCCGACAGCCAAUAAAAUGUUGACGUUAGGACCUCUGACGUUCACAGAAAGCAAACUGGCGGUUAGACGGAAAGGUAUAACUGCCACAACUGACUCUGCAAGAAUGUUUCCGUUACUCAGGUUUGAAACGAUGAAGAUUAGGCAAACUAUAGACCCUCUUGACAAGGGAAAGAUCUUUUCUUUUUCGAUCAGAAAAUUCACUGUUGUUAGUCGCCCUUUUUAUGUUCUUACCUUUUCCCAUUUCAUUUGUUGCUCACUUGCUUUUUUUUUUUUUUUUUUUUUUUUUUUUUUUGUGGGUCGGAGUGUGGGUCGGAUCUCUUGCUAUUGGUUUAACCUUUUUCCUUGGCUCUCUAGGAUCACUUUUGUGCCAAACCAUCGGAUGUCGCUUCACCUCUAUUCUUGGUUGUCUAGUUUGUGCCGUGAGCUUGUUAGUGACACCGCAUUCUACAAGUCUUGAAUGGAUGUUUUUAACUUACGGUUGUAUGUUUGGCACAGGGUCAGCAUUGAUGCUUUCGUCCUACUUUCUCAUAACAGCAAAGAACUUUCGCAGAUGGCAAUCUCUCGCCGUGGGAAUCGUCACAGUCGGGGGCAGCAGUGGACUUCUCAUUAUGGGCCCUUUACUACAGCUCCUGAUCGACAUAUUUGGUUGGAGAGGAACUUACAGAAUCCUUAGUAUACCUUUUUUUGUAAUGGCGUGCGUAUGUGGGGUUACUUUCGGUGAUCCUCUUCCAGAUACUUCAGAGGACCUGUCACGUAAUUGCAAAACAAACCAGUGCAACUCAAAGCUCCUCUCUGAGAGGGAAGGACAUCCAGAAAUGGAGAUGAACGCGAUCGACAAAAAGCAAACCACAGUUAAUGAGGAGAGGAAGGUAAAGAUUUUUGAAAGCGAAUGCCAAACAGAGACCCAGCAAAGAAGCCAAAUGAGAUCUUCGCAUGCUGCGGCCAAAACGGAUGGCAGUAGGGAAGCAAACUGUUUGGGCAAAUUGAACACGCUUUUGGACUUCUCUGUAUUCAAGAUACCAUGUUAUACGGUAGCGGUUUUAAGUCUGUGUCUGAUGAAGUUUGGACAUUUCAUUCCACAAAUACAUAUGGUAAGCCAGUUAUGAUGAAAUGAAAUUUUUGAUGAACUUACUUUGAGAAAUUUUCCAGUGAUUUUUUCGAGGAUAAUCCACGGCUUGUUUGACUAUAGCCUGCAAUUGUUCAGGGCAGCUGUCAGUCACUGAGUCUGGAAAUCACAAAACCAACUGCGUCUUAGUCCUAGUACCUGCGAUUACCAGGGCACUAGGCCGUAAACUGGUUUUCCAUUCUAUUACCUUACUUAGUUUUUUGUUUUGAUUCGCCGAUGUCAUUACUCUAGGAAGAUUCCUGAUUGUCAGUGGGUAUUAUUUUUGGCUUUUUGUUACUGUUUUCAUUUUUCAGGUGUUUUUUUUUUUUUUUGUAUUUUUAACUUAUGGGUGCUAUUUUUUUCCGUUGUCCUACCUGACCUUGUCGUAUUCCAGUUUCGUUUCUAUCUCUGUCAAUGGUUGGCCAUGCAUGCCAGAGAAACAUUAAAAUAUUAAAUAGGGUGCAAGAUCAAAUUUCAAAAUUUAGAGCACGUUUGCUUAUUCUGAGCGCACAAGACUACGUAUAGCGAGGUGGUCUUGGAUAAGAAACCAAUCUUUCAGUGCCUCUCUGUAGUUUUGGUCGUACAGAUAGAUUCCAAUUAACUGUCAGUGAUUCCACACGAAAUGCUUUUUUCGCUCUUCACCACCGAAACUAAGAUAACGCCGUGCAGAAUGAGCUUAAGACAUUUUUAAAUUCAGUCAAAUAUUUUUCUACGCAGGUAAACUAUUGCCUCGAACUCGGUAUUUCUGCUGACUCAGCAUCCAGGUUUUUUAUACCUUUUGGUCUAUUAUCCUCCGUGGCUCGUGUUGUAACAGGGAGGAUUUGUGACGUCAUCUGGGUAAAUACUACUUAUAUUUACCAGUUUGGGGCUUUACUUGACGGGUUUGCAAUUGUCGUGCUUCCAGUGAUAAGAAACUACACAGGAAUUCAAAUUUUUGCUGUGAUUUAUGGUAUUGCUGAUGGCGUCUUGAUCUCGACGAUGAACUCACUUCUUAUGUUUAGUGUGGACGAAAAGCGCAGAGCGGCCGCGUUAGGUCUGGGAAAUAGUUUACUAUCACUGGCAAUAGCGUCUGGACCUCCUUUUGCAGGUUUGUCAGUUGUCAGUUAUUGGUAAUUAAUAGAAACACUUGAUAUUAGCCGGAAAACUAAGAGUGGGUGUAAUUUUCCCGAAGUGGAUAAUCCUGAAACGCCAAAUUGAAGAUAAUUGUUUUUUCUGUGAGCAGGCAAGAUGAAGCAAAUCCUAAGCUCUAACUUCUUAUCUGAACAGGCCAGUCAUGCUUGUCAAGAAAAGAAACAUGUAGCCAAUUUAAAAACUACGCAGCUUUUGAGAAACUUGAUAUUGUUAUUAGAAGGAAGUUUUGGCUGCAACAACCAAGUUGCAACAACAACCACACACACGACGUUCGAAACUCAAAACAAAGACAACCAGGGAGAAUUUUGCGAAUUUGAUUAUGCACCAUAAUCGUUUGCUGAAUAUAAAAUUCCAUAUUGGGUAAGCUUGCACAAUCAAGCCAUUUAAAUCCAUCCACGAAUCCAACUCAGUCCAUUAAUCCAAAUUGUGGUGCAGUCGCACCUCCUCAGUUCUCAACGUUUCUAUUUUUUAGAAUGCAGCAGCAUUUAGGCAAGACAAAUGUUUUCCAUUUAUAGUAGAAAUAUGAAAAAUCGAUUUCUAUUUUGAAGCUCCACCUGUCCUCUGAUUGUAGGAUUCCUGAUUGAUGUGUCUGAUUGCUACACCUGGCCAUUUUUUAUUGCUGGAAUUGUGCUACAUGUAGCUGGUCUGGUGCCACUGGUUCUGUUCUGCUUGAAGGAGAAGACGCGUAAGGAUGACGACUUGAAAAACGAUAAAAUUCGGAAACCACUCUUGUAAGUUAUUGAUGUACACAUUUCCGAAAUAUUAAGCAAAUGCUAAUCAGCAGGAUUCUUAAGGAAAAAAUAAGUCACAUCAAUUUAUAAAGAAUUUGAAUAUUUACGAGGGCUUCUUAGGGAAAAAAUAAGUCAUCAAUUUAUAAAGAAUUUGAAUAUUUACGAGGGCUUCUUAGGGAAAAAAUAAGUCAUAUCAAUUUAUAAAGAAUUUGAAUAUUUACGAGGGCUUCUUAGGGAAAAAAUAAGUUAUAUCAAUUUUAUAAAGAAUUUAAAUAUUUACGAGGGCUUUUGUAAAUAAAAGGAAAAAACACAAAUUGAACUAUUUUUGGGCGGUUACCUCCCAUUUCAUGAGUUCAGACCUUACUUGUUGAAGUAGUAGAAUAGUUGCCUUGUAGAAUUCUUUGUAGGAGAUCGAUGAAGUAGAGUACAUCAGGCAUUGACAGCACAAAUUAUUGUAAAGAAAAGUCUUUAAACAAAAGUAUAUAAGAGUUAAUUUGAAGGUUUCUUUUGCAUCUAACAUUAAUAGUGAAGCAGAUACUUCGAUUUCUCCAGGUAUGUUAUCCUUUUAUCUUAAAUUAUUACUCUGAAGUGAAGCGGCUUCAUUUAAGACUAAAUAUUUUAGAUAAAAACAAAAAUGAUGAUGCCUACAAAGAUUAUACAUAGCGUUGUAUAUUUUACUUGCUUUUGCGGCCAACAAGACUUUUUCUCUUAAAAAACGAAACAAUAUUGAUUUCGCAAGUCUUCAUCUCAAGCAUUUCAAACCAAAUCCCUUCUGUUCCCAAGAAAUCGAUAGAGGGGUAAAGAAUUACAUUAACAAAUUUCUGAGCCAUUAUCUAAUCUCUGUUGUCGUGCGUCCGUUUAACAAAUAGAUUCCA